GUCUUCUUGAUCCCUCACCAAUCUUGACCCAUCAUGGAUCCAGGAUUCACGGACGAUAUUGCUCCGAUAGCGAUCCUCAUGGAUGAACUGCGGUCGGAGGAUGUCCAGUUGCGGCUCAACGCUAUUCACAGAAUAUCCACCAUCGCGCUCGCUCUAGGGCCUGACCGUGCUCGAGAAGAGCUCAUACCAUUCCUGCAGGACUCUUUGGAUGACGAGGAUGAGGUCCUCCUAGCACUGGCGGAGGAACUGGGAAGGAACUUCGAAGAGUAUAUCGGGGGGUCGGAGUACGCCCAUCUGCUGUUGGGCCCGCUGGAGAACUUAGCAAGCGUAGAAGAAACUCUUGUCAGAGAUAAGGCAACCGACUCCAUCACCAACGUGGCCGGAGUGAUGUCGCCAUCCCAGAUUGAACAAUACUACGUGCCUCUCGUGAAACGAUUAUCCCAAGGAGAGUGGUUUACCGCCAGAUCGUCCGCCGCGGCUUUGUUCCACCCCGUCUAUGAUAAAGUGUCGCCCACCAUCCAAGACGAUAUGCGGAAGGGCUUCACUGCCUUGGGCUCUGAUGAUACGCCCAUGGUUCGCAGGGCCGCCGCGAAACAUCUUGGGGCGUUUGCCAAGAAGUUGUCCAAGCAACAUGUCCUCACCGACGGUUUGGCAAUCUAUCGCAAACUGCAAUCGGACGAUCAGGACUCCGUCCGAUUGCUCACGGUCGAGGAUCUGAUCGCCAUCGCGCAACGACUAGCGCCCGCGGAAGUCAAAGAUCAAGUCCUGAAACAGAUCAGGCAGACAAUGACCGAUAAGAGUUGGCGCGUUCGAUACAUGGCAGCCCAGCAUUUCAACGAGUUGGCUGAGGCGGUAGGAUUGGAGCUUGUCCGAGAAGAACUCAUUGGACAUUUCGUUCAACUCCUCAAGGACAAUGAAGCGGAAGUGCGGACAGCGGCUGCUGGUCAGAUCCCAGGAUUUGCUAAACUCCUCGACAAGGAAGUUAUCCUUGCUAGGAUCGUUCCAUGCGCCCGAGAUCUGUCGACGGAUACUUCCCAGCACGUUCGCGCAGCCCUUGCCAAUCAAAUCAGUGGACUUGCACCGCUUCUCGGUCGGGAAGCGACGACUGAGCAUCUCUUGCCGCUCUUCUUGCAACUUCUCAAGGACGAGUUCCCCGAAGUCCGGUUAAACAUCAUCAGCAAACUGGAGCUCGUGAACAGCGUUAUUGGCAUUGAACUGCUCGCCGAUAGCCUGCUGCCUGCUAUCGUGGACCUUGCCGAAGACAAGGCAUGGCGUGUCCGCCAAGCUAUCAUCGAGUACAUACCUCUGCUAGCCACGCAACUUGGCAAGCCUUUCUUCGACGAGCAGCUUGGUAACCUGUGCAUGUCCUGGCUUGGUGACACCGUGUAUAGCAUUCGCGAAGCCGCCACGGUCAACCUCAAGAAGUUGACGGAUGUCUUCGGAGUCGAGUGGGCCAAAGUUGCCAUUGUGCCGAAGGUCGUCGGGAUGGCACAGCACCCUAACUAUCUCUACCGUCUGACCACGGUCCAAGCCAUCACAACCAUUGCGCCAUCCCUAAACCCUGAUAUCAUCCUCUCUGAUAUCAUCGACCCGUUAUCGCAACUUGCGGCGGACCCUAUACCCAACAUUCGAUUCAACGUUGCCAAGUGCCUGGAAGUGGUUGGAACGAGUUACGGUCCUGACGGUGCCGAACUGGCACAGACGCGAGUUAAACCGCUGCUCGAACAACAGAAAAAUGAUACGGAUGCUGACGUCCGAUAUUUCGCUGCCAGAGCGCUGCAGAAGAUCACUUCUGCGUAAUGUUGGCAGAAUGUAUCACCAAAUGUCGGAGGUGGACGGGUCAAGAUCCUCGAAGGAUUGACGUGUAAU